GCCAGGAGCCACAGAACAGUUGGAGUCAGUGCACAUGAAGGAUGAGGCAGGCCAGGCUCUGGAGGCUGCUCUGGAUGCUCUUCAUCCCAGAAAUCCAAGCUGUCGCUGAAGUAUUUGAGGAGAAAUGUACUCUAGCAGAGGGGCAGACCUUGAAUGUGAGCUGUCCUACAAAUACCAACAUAUAUUCCAUAAGCCGGAAGGCUUGGCAGAGGCUGAAAGAUAACGGGGAGGUCCAGACACUGGCAGUCACAGAGGGGUCCAGUCAAGUCCAGGUGGGGAAGUACUUCCUCAAAGACAUCCCCAGUGAAGGCAUGUUGCAAGUCCGAGUGAUCAACCUUCAAGUGGAGGACUCAGGACUGUACCGAUGUGUGAUCUUGGGACCCAGCGACCCCAUCAUCCUGUUCUACCCUGUCCGCCUGGUGGUGACCAAGAGUUCUUUGGGACCCCCUGCCUCAGAUGACUAUCCUUGCCAGAUCUCUGCUCGGAAUCCCACCCUUCCUCCCAUCACCACCAAGCUCCGUCCCAGGCCCAGGACUGUGACCCAACUCAUCCCCACAUCAACUAAUAGCCUCUCCUCUUCUGGUUUCACAGUCACUCCCACAAAUGUGACACAUGUCACCAGGACCCCUGAGAUCAGCUUCGUCAUUCCUGCGGCAUGUGGACUCCUGAGUAAGACCCUGGUCUUCAUCGGUCUGUUUGCUAUCACGCAGAGGUCAUUUGCAUCUUAGCCACAGGAAUCCACAAGAAUGAUCCCCGACCUCCAUCCGUGUCCACCUGGCAGUUGUGCCUAAAGAGGGGUAUAAGGGGAAGAGGCGGGGGUCAGUGACAUGAGCUGAUCUGUAACUCAGGUGACAUCUAAGGCUCAGGAUCCCACCUUCUUGGCCCUGUUAACUCCCCUCAUUUAACUGAUAACCUUGGGCGUGCAUUGUCCCCUCACAAGAGAAGAUAUGGCCCCAAACCUGCUCAUUCCACAGGUGGCUCAGGGUUUGCAUUAAAUAAAGACACUGCCUGGGACUUUCCUGGUGGCCCAGUGGCUAAGUCCGAGUUCCCAAUGCAGAGGGCCCCCUGGGUUCCAUCCCUGUCAGGGAACUAGAUCCCACAUGCUGCAACGAAGGUCAAAAAUCCCAUGUGGGGCAACUAAGACCCGGCACAGCCAAAUAAAUAAAUAUUAAAAAA